UACUUCCUGGGCAAGGGGGGCUUCGCCAAGUGCUACGAGAUCACGGACGUGGAGACCAAGCAGGUGUUCGCCGGGAAGAUCGUCCCCAAGUCGCUGAUUCUCAAGCAGCACCAGCGGGAGAAGAUGACCUCCGAGAUCGCCAUCCACAAAAGCCUCCACCACGCCAACAUCGUCGGCUUCCACGACUUCUUCGAGAACGAUGACUUCGUCUUUGUGGUGCUGGAGAUCUGCAGGAGGAGACUCCAAUAAUGGACAUUGGAGUGUUACUUCCAUCCAUUUUCUACCGCU